UCACUUGCUUAUCCGAACGCUUGCAUUUUUUGCAGGAAAAAACUCAAAAGAAACAACAAACGACGCUUUAUUUGUUUCCUGCAUUUGCAAAUUUUUGAAUGAAAAUUGUACGGCCGGAAUUUUGGAAGAACUAGUAGACGGAUUACAAGGCCAUUAGCUGACCUGUUUCAAGCUGGGUCUACGAUUUCGGAGGCCAAAACUGCUUUGCAAGGAUUACAGAGCGGCGGGCGAAUAGGAAAAAGAGAUGGAGUUGUUCGACCAAGUAAGAGCGGCACCGCCGCCAGACCGGAUUAGGGACACCAAGCCGGUAGUUCAGACCGAAAAUGGCAGCGAUGACGGGAUAGCCGAAGACGAUGAUGACACUCUGAAGGAUAUUUCAAUGCCAUCGCCCGUGGCUGUAACACCUUCACCAGAUUUCACAUUGCACAACAAAAAAGCGAAUGCCGAAACGAUUGAAGAAGUGAAACUGUCUGGCAGUGCUAAGCGCAAAUUUUCCAAUGACGACGGAAAGGAGAAAGACGAGUCUGGAGUAAAACCAACAACGGACAUGGACACAAAAGAAAUAAAUGAUGAGCCAGAAGCCCAGACAGACAUCCAGCUGGAUGGGGAUAAUCAACUGCAACAGCAGCAGCAGCUGCAGCUACUUUCACCACCCAAAACAAAAGCCGAACAGAAAAUGUUUAUUGAUCACGAUCAUCACCAACCAGAGGCAACCGUAUCGAUUCCAACUACCUCCGUUUCCGCCAUAAGACCUUGCCAUGUGCGCGUCAAAAGAUUGACACAAAAGGAGAUUUCCUUGCAUACGGCUGGAAGUCGUCGCGGUAGUCAGCGAAAGCGAGUCCGAAAAAGCGAUCAGUCGGCGGCUUCUACUGAUCCUGACACUGAUUCGCCAUCGCCCGGCAAGAAGGCAAAGCUGAGUAACAAAAUUCACAUUAAAGUACCCUGGCUACAAAAUGGCGCCAAGCAACGUAAUCUACAGAAAUUGGCUCGUGAGCAUACUCCGCCACCGAGUAAACUUAAUAGAAAGGCCAAAGGGAAGAACAGCCCAAGCGGGGCGAAAAAUCGUCCAAUGGUUAGCGCGGGAUUGAUCAAACGUUAUGGUGCACGAUACUUUGGCUGUGUGGUGAAGGUAAAACGUACACCGAUGCCCCCCUGGCCCGUCCAUGAUGUCAGCUUCUCAUUGAAUAACAGCAAUGCCAGCUCUAAGCGGCGCUCGAAAAAACUAAAUCUUUCGGUUUCGUUCAGCGAGGCCGUCGAGAUAUUUGGUAGCAGUGAAACCGGGACGCGACGUUCCACUCUGGGAUCAGGACGAUCGCCGCGCAAAGGUUGUGUAACGGUGCCCACACGUUUGCAGCGUGUCGAUGCCACUGGCAAUAUAUUGGAGGACAUUGCUCUAACCUCGAAUGCCAUGUUGUUUGGCCCCAGUCCGGCCAAGCGAGGACGUCGAUCGGGUGGCGCCAUCGAGGAGAGUGUCAAAGCCACAUGCAAUGGCGAUGGCUCGUUAUCAAGGAAACUCAAGAGGUCUUCACAGCGGGUGCCAGUCGCUGGUUUAGCGAGUUUACGUCUCGAGGAUACGAGCAAGGCAGCUGAUGAAGAUGAUAAUGGCGCGGAUGAUGAUGAGUAUAUAGUGCCGAAUGAGUUGCCGGGCAUACAUCGAGCUGGGACACCCAUUGCCACGCCCAUUAAAAGGAAAAUUACCGUCACAACUACAACCAUAAGCGACGACGAUGACAAUGACGAUGACGAUAACAAUGAAGAAGAAGAAAAAGAAGCAGGAGAAUCACUUGACACGAAAGAAUCAAAGAGAAUGGAGGACGAAAAGGAACCGGAGAAAGCGCAGGAAAACACAGAAAAAGAGAAACCCGAAAAGGAGUUAAUAAAAGAAAUAAAUGAGAACGAUACGCUAAAAGAUGAUGAGCAGAUAAAGAGAGAGCUAGAAGAGCUAAUAAAGGAGCAAAAGCAAACCAAGAAAGAACAAGACGAAAAAAAAGAGCUAACUGAAGAGCAGUCAGAAGAUACGAAAGAUAAGGAAAUCUUGCACUCAUCUUCGUCUUCAGAAAAGGAGGAGACAACAAAUAUAAUAACUGAAACAGAAACGGAAAAUAUCACAGAGAAAGAAAAUGAAACCUUAAAGGAUGCUGCAGAUAUUAAGGAAUCCAAGGAAACAAGUCAAAUGGAAUUAAGAGUGGAAGAAGAAGAAACCUUAGCGGACGAAGGCGAGAACAAUAUGGAGCCCUUGUUGGUCAGUCAAACGGAUAUCUCCACAAACCAAGAAACUGAUGAUAAUGACAAACAAGAUGAACCAAAAGAAGACAAAGAGCCACAAGCAGCCGAAGACGAAGACGUUGAAAAGAAAAUAAAAAUUGAUAAAACAUUGAAAUCAUCACCGUUGCUAGGCAUCACCACCAGCACGAUCAGCGUUAGCAAAACCGAAGAUCCCGAGGAUAUAUUGGAAAUUGCCACAUCUCUUGACGAUGUCCGGGAUCUGCAUACGCCUCUGUCCCCAAAUAGUCGGUGUAGCACACCACAAGAUGACAAGAAAAUAGUCGAACAGCAGUUGCCUAUACGUUCGCGUCUCGAUUCGGGUGAUUCGGAAUCGAGUUUUAAAUCGGCGACCGAAGCAACUGAUGCCACAAACAUAGAUAAUCCUGCAACUAAUAACGAAACUACUACAACAACAAUAACAACAACAACAGAAGCAGCUGAAGCUGCCAAAUCUCCUGCCAGCACCACCACCACCACAACCACAACCACAAUAACCACAAUCCCCACCAUAAAAGGUGAAUCGCUAAGUGGUGACACAGAUAGUAUAUCUACAACACCAUUUCCAGCAAUUGGUGAAAUUCCCAGUCUGAAUGAUGAGGUCCUUGAAGAGUUGGCAGAGCCCGAUUUUCAGUUGAAUAACAGCCGACACACAAUUUCAACGGGCACUUUGGAUGACAUAAUGACUGCGUUGGAGUCUUAGAUUGUCCCAAGUACUAUAAAUUAAACUCUAACUACAACUCAUCACAGACACACACGCACACCCACACCCACACCCAGCGACACACACACACACACACACAAAGUUAUUUACACACAGUUUGUGAAUAGCUUUUGACGCUGAGGCAUUGGAAAAGAAUUGCUGCAACUUUUCCUGAAUGAACUCCUUGGAUCAGACACCUUAAAAUGAACAGAAGAAAAAACCCCCCGCAAGGACACUGACAAAAUAUGAAUAUUUAAUUUUUUUUUUAUUUUAAUUUAUUAAGAUCAUAUUUUAAACAAGAAGACAUCGGAUUUAAA